AUGCCCCGAGCCGAUGGCCAGCAGGGGCUACAUGGAACCGAUAAUAAAUGGCAUGUGACCCCCGAUGAGAUUCUCGUCAUGACGCAGCGCUUGGCCUCGGUUGGUGCGAAGGACGCUGUGAUCCUGGUGGAAAGCGUGCUGAGUGCCUUGCAUCGUCGUCAGAAGGAGUAUGCUGUCUACAUGAGGGAAUUGGAGAUCGAAGACGAAGACGAAAGUGACCAGGAAGGCUUCGGCCCUCCUUUCGCUCUCGAAGAGGACAGCAACCAGGCGAAUGAGUACCCGGACGGGGUUCAGUUGGUUCCACGCCGAAACGUGCCAAUGGCAGAAAGAGCUGCACAGACCAAGAUGAGCGGAAUGAAGCGUUCACAAGAUGCCAGAGACGUUCUUGAAAUAGCUCGGGUACAAGAGCUGGCGCCAGCAGCAGAAGCAGGAUCCACGCUCCUGGAUGCAAAGGUGGAGAAAUCUUCCGCACUUGUGUCCUCUGGCCGGAGCCGAUCCCCCUCCCCUGUGGAGGCCGAAAAUGAAAGUCUUGGGGCUUCUGUACUCGUACGGACUUGUGAAAGUUGUUCUGGGUUGAACUCGUAA